CCGGGGGCCGUCCCGGCCCGGGACGGGAUGCGGGUCGGUCCCGUGCGCUCUGCCAUGAGCAGCGCUUCGCAGCCCCGCGGCCCGGCCUUGUUGCUCCCGGUUGCCCGGGGCGCCCCGGCCAAACGCCUGCUGGACGCGGACGACGCGGCGGCGGUGGCGGCCAAGUGCCCGCGCCUUUCCGAGUGCUCCAGCCCCCCGGACUACCUCAGCCCCCCUGGCUCUCCCUGCAGUCCGCAGCCUCCGCCCGCGGCGCCGGGUUCUGGCGGCGGCUCCGGGAACGCGCCGGGGCCCAGCCGCAUCGCCGACUACCUGCUGCUGCCCCUGGCGGAGCGCGAACAUGUGUCCCGGGCACUGUGCAUCCACACCGGCCGCGAGCUGCACUGCAAGGUGUUUCCCAUUAAACACUACCAGGACAAAAUCAGGCCUUACAUCCAGCUGCCAUCACACAGAAACAUCACCGGCAUCGUGGAGGUGAUCCUUGGGGAAACCAAGGCCUAUGUCUUCUUUGAGAAGGACUUUGGGGACAUGCACUCCUACGUGCGAAGCCGGAAGAGGCUGCAGGAAGAAGAGGCCUCCCGGCUCUUCAAGCAGAUUGUCUCUGCCGUUGCCCACUGUCACCAGUCGGCCAUUGUGCUGGGGGACCUGAAGCUUAGGAAAUUCGUCUUCUCCACGGAGGAGAGAACCCAGCUCAGACUGGAAAGUCUGGAAGAUACACACAUAAUUAAGGGAGAAGACGAUGCUCUGUCUGACAAACACGGCUGCCCGGCCUACGUGAGCCCCGAGAUUCUGAACACCACCGGGACCUACUCUGGAAAGGCGGCGGACGUUUGGAGCCUGGGGGUGAUGCUCUACACCCUUUUGGUGGGGCGAUACCCCUUCCAUGACUCAGACCCCAGCGCCCUCUUCUCCAAAAUCCGCCGUGGACAGUUCUGCAUUCCCGACCACGUGUCCCCGAAAGCCAGGUGCCUCAUUCGCAGCCUCCUGAGACGGGAGCCGUCCGAGAGGCUCGCCGCCCCUGAGAUCCUACUCCACCCCUGGUUCCAGUCCGUCCUGGAACCUGGGCACGACGACUCAGAAAUGGGAACUGCAGACCAGAUUGUCCCAGAGUGCCAGGAGGACAGUGACGUUAGUUCCUUCUUCUGCUGAUCCCAAAAAAACCUCAGAAACCUCAUAAUUCUCACACAUGGCAUUUCCAUUUCUCAAGACGGACAGGCCUUUCGACGUGGUGCCAACCAGAUAUGUGAUGGCGUAAAGACUGUAGCUGCUGAACUCAACGUGGCGCCCCUCUGACUCGUUGCGAUGAGUGACUCCGUUGAUCCGAACAGUGCACGCUGUGACUGGCUGCCCGCAAAGCCAUCUCCCUUCCGAGCGAACCCUUCCCAACGGUCCCUUUGUCAGGUUCGGAGGAUUCUGCAUUUUUUAUAGGUGGCAAGAAGUAUGGAUAUCCUGCAGCAUGUGAUCAAGUGACGUGAACUCGAACAUCCUAAAAGGAGAGGGAGUGAAUCGCGCAAUGGCAUUUUGGGCAAUAACCUAUUUUAACGGGGUGACAAGUAAUUUGGGCCAAUCAACCUGCCAUCUUCAAACUUGUCUUUGGUAGCUAGACUUUCGCUACCCCAGCUCCUCUGAUCGGAAAGUUCCUUUUUUUUUUUUUCUCUUAAGUUUGGUUUAACACUCACCCUUUCUUCACGCACAUUUACCAAUGACUCUGCUCUGUGUUGGGAGUAGACCGUUUCGGGAGCAUCGGAGCCUGCCUGAACCCUGCACCCAGACUCUCCCCUCCAUUUCCUGCCAAGACCCCACUUGCACUAAUGCCUUCUUUCUGACCUUGAAACAGUCUCCUUUCCCCCUUCGCUCUAAAAGCACUUAGCAGCUGACCUUGGAAAAGUAUCACAAAAGAUUUGAACUCCUGGAUAUUUCAGAACUCUGAGCUCAGACAGAGAGACUGCGCGUUUUCAAAAAUAAUUUGAGCACUUGAAACUCUUAGCUUUUUUGGUUCCCCUCAAAUAUGUUAGCAUUUAUCCUUCACUCCGCCCCCCUCCCCCCAAGUCCAUCUCAGGGUGGAGCAUUUUGUUUAGGAGGAGAAAGAUAAGGACACUGUACACGUCCCUCUCCCAAGAGCAAAUGUUAAACUUCGGAGAAAGUGAAUUUUGGAUAGUUCUCAGACCAACUUCCAGAAUUAUACUCUACCCUCCUCCGCCCAUGGACAUGGUCUGUCCUUGGCAUUGUGUGUGUGUCUGCAGUUUUGCAUGAUGGGUUGUUAAUAUUUCAAAUGUGGUGUGGUUUAUGAAUACAUCUGUAUAAUCAGCAUCUGGAGUGAAACAGCGAGCCCCGAUUUAAAGUCAGAAGGGACUUUAAACGUCUAGUCCAACUUCUUUCCUCUUCCUGCAGAAAUCCCCCCUUCAGCUUCUUUUACAGCUGGAAAUCCAGCCUCUGUUCGAAUGCUUCCAGAGACGGGAACUCACUCCCUACAAAUGAUAGAGCUUAAGAGAGAAAUGGCAACUUGCAUUAAAAAAACCAGUACAGAUGCAAUACCAAGAAACGUCUUGGACAGGACUGAAAUUGGGUGGUUAAACGGGUAAACCCAACAUACUGUAAUUUGAGAAAUGGCACAAAAACAGGCAGUCAUCUUCAAGGGCUAUGCCUAGGCAAACUACUAACCUGCAUCGUUAAGAACGCCGUGUAUACCUCAUGUACUGUGUACUUUGUACAUAUAUUUUACCUUUUAUACAUAUGUCUGAUAUUUUUUGUUGUUUUGGCUCUGAGGCUUGUUUUGUUAUGUCUGUCUGAAUAACCUGCGUGUCUAAAACCACGUGAAAUGUGAAUGAUUUUUGGCAAUAUUACCUUGACAGAAUCAUGGGACUCGGAGAAGAGAGAGGACAGAGAGGCCUCUGUCGCACUAACUCUCGUGGUUGAUCGGUUGUUGUAUCUGUGAUACGUUACCCAGCUGGGGACUCCGGGCUGGCUGGGGCUUCUGCCAGAAAAGCUAGAAACACUAGAUCCUUCCUGUACAUGUGUAUAUAUGUGAACAGUGAGAUGGCCGUUUUUGACUUGUAGAAAAAUUUUAAUAAAUCUGAUUUCGUAAAUAGG